AUCUGAUGUGCUACCGUGUGGACACCAUACGACGUGCUCUCGUCGACGCCAUCAACCUUUGAUCCUAUUACCUCCUGCAAGAUCCUCAGGUCUCACUCUCGUCUUUCAAGUAAAUUCGCAAAUAUAGUACGAUCGGCCUUCAUACGUACUCGGCGAAGGCAAAGGCCCCAACAUGUCGCUCUAUUCUCCAGCGGUCAGCAAGACCAAGCGCCGCGCCGCUGGACACAGCGCCUUCGGCAGCGUAACCCCAUCCGGUACCUCCUUCCGCAGCGGCCCCUCAGGACCUGCGCAUGGCGCUGGUGGUGCUCAGAGCCGCUCCAUUGCUGAUCUAUCCGACGAGCAGCGGCAGGAGAUCCGCGAAGCAUUUGAGCUGUUCGACACUGACAAGGACGGCGCGAUAGAUUAUCAUGAGCUCAAAGUCGCCAUGCGCGCAUUGGGGUUCGAUCUUAAAAAGGCAGAGGUGCUGAAAAUCCUCCGCGACUCGGACAAGAGUGGGCAAGGCGUGAUGGAAUGGGAGGACUUCAACCGUAUUAUGUCAGAGCGCAUAGCUUCCAGGGAUCCGAUGGAGGAGGUACGGCGAGCGUUCGCCUUGUUCGAUGACGAUGGCACUGGGCGGAUCAGCCUGCGGAAUUUGCGCAGGGUGGCAAAGGAGCUUGGGGAAUCGUUGGAUGACGAAGAACUACAAGCUAUGAUAGACGAAUUCGACUUGGAUCAGGAUGGCGAAAUCAACGAGCAAGAGUUUGUGCACAUCAUGAUGGACGACUAAUGAGCCUAUCCCAACUUGAGACAGGCGUCCCCGUCCCAUCUCCGCAUUUCUGUAUAGUAGCCUGCGUUUGUAUUCUUCAGCAUUUCGUCUGCUCUUCCCAAUGAGAUGCGAGGCGGCUAUCAUCUGACAAUCAUUCAUGCUAUCUAAGGCUAUGAUACAAUGUAUGCAAAUUCGUGCGUGUUCUAAAAU